UGUUCAAACGCCUAAACCAGUCUGGCAUUUAGUGAUCGCACUAACCACAGUGUAGUGUUCAAUUCCCGAGGAGAUAACAACAGCCAUGGUGAGGUUUUUCAGACAAGUUGAUAAAGCCGAAGAAAACGAGUCCAAACCACUCUUAAAAGGCAAACAAUCAACAUGUUAUGGGAAGGCAAAAAGUACUUUUUUAAUACUUUUUGUACUCGCUCAUGUCGUUCUUCUAGGAUAUUUAGUAAAUCAUUGGCUAAAAUCGUCAACGACAAAUAAUAAUGUCAGUGAAACUUUAGUGCCGGUAUCCAGAUUGAACAGUCAAGCCACUACCAAUGGCGAUUACUUUAAACAAUGUGCUCCAAAAGUAACUUGUGAUCCAAAUGCAAAGUACAGAACUUUCAAUGGGUCGUGUAACAACUUGGCCCGUCCCAAUUGGGGAGCAGCAUUGACACCGUUUUAUAGACUUGGCAACGCUGUAUUCAGUGACGGAAAAUACGAGUUUAGACUGCAAGCCGAUGGAAAACCAUUGCCCAGUGCUAGGUCGGUUGGCGUCAAGUUGUUCUAUGCAAGAGAAGUGCCGUAUUUCGACGGAGAGAACAACCAAUUAUUAGUACCCUGGGGACAAUUCAUAACCCACGAUAUGUCAUUCUAUCCUGAUGACAUCCGAGGAAAAUCCACACCCAUUCAUUUAGACCAGUGUUUCAAUGAGGAUAAAUCCAAAAUUCCACCAGAAUGUGCUUAUAUUGUAAAAAUAUCCAAGGACGAUCCUACGUACGGUAAAUACAACGUAUCGCUUUUCAAAUUUGUGCGGUCGUUGACUUCUGCAAAUUUUAGCUGUCCAUUAGUGCCUACAACUAUUUUAAACAAGAACACACAUUAUAUAGAUGCAUCGCACAUCUAUGGAUCGGACCAAUUGAAAGUCAACGAACUAAGAGAAUUUCAAAACGGCAAGCUUAGAUCUAGAAUUAUAGAUGGUGAGGAAUAUUGUCCACAAGAUGAGAAUUCACCGUUCGCAAAGGGUCCAAUUGCGGUAUCUAAUGUGCAAUUCCUUGCCGGCGACGUUAAUGCCAAUCAAAACGUAGCAAUUUCUUUGUUUCAAAAUUUAUUUUUGAGAUUUCAUAACUACGUAGCCAACGAAUUGCAAACCGUAAAUCCACUGUGGUCAGACGAGACAAUAUAUCAAGAAACGCGCAGAAUUUUAGGAGCAAUCAUACAAAUUAUAACAUACAGAGACUAUUUGCCCAUCCUCUUGGGUGAUUUCUAUAUGGAAUAUUUUGGAUUAAACAAUAAAACGGUGUACGAUCCAACCUUAAACCCAGCUAUGUCGCAAGAAAUGACAAGUGGUGCGUUUCGAGCAGUCCACAACAUUAUACCUGCUAAAUUCAAUUUUAUAUCGAAGAAUUACUCGAUUAUAAGGGAAAUAGAACCUUCUACAAUCAUGCAAGCACCCGACAUACUUCUAGGAAAUUUCGAUUAUAUUUUAAGAGGUUUUAUGGAAUCUCCAGGUCGAGCACCGCAACCAUCGUACAAUAAUUUAAUAACAAAUAUCGUGUUUCAAAUUCCAAAUAAAAAUAAAAACUCUGGUUUUGAUUUGAUGUCGUACGACAUUCAAAGAGGACGCGACAACGGUUUACCCCCUUACAAUAAAAUGAGAAAGCUAUGCGGACUGGAAGUAGCAAACACAUUUGAAGAUUUGUCUGACUUAAUCUCGAAAAAGGAUAUCGAUACCCUUAAAGAACUCUACACUAGCGUUGAUGAUAUUGAUUAUCUUAUUGGAGCUCUUUUGGAAAAACCUCAAAAUAAAUCCAUGGUUGGCCCAUCGGUUGCUUGCGUUAUAGCUGAUAACUUUUAUAGGUUAAAGUUCGGCGAUCGAUUCUUCUAUGACGUCGAAGGACAUCCCGGUAGCUUCACCAAAGAACAAAUCAAAGCAUUAGAGCAGAUUACUUUCAGCCAUAUCAUAUGUAAAACGUCACUUUUGGAUCAUCUUCAGAAAGAGACAUUUAGAUUCGUCGACUCCAAGUGGUUGUCUAGUAUCAAGUAUAGCUGUGACCUGUAUCAGUUUGAUUUUUCUCCAUGGAAAGAAUAACUAAUUAGUCAUUUUUACUUUCUUAUUUUAUAUAUUUUUAAUUAUAUGUUGUUAGCAAACUGAAUUUGUUAAGUAAUGUUUAAAAAAUUGUUCAUCGUUGUGUAUAAUUCAUGUUAAACCAAACAAAUACCUACGAGCAAAAUAAAUUAUUAAUUUCAUAA